CUCCUGAAAUUUGUUUUUUAGCAUUGCACGCUUUAUAUAAAAUAUUAUAACUACCAGAGGACGCCACUGGUUGGACCAGAUGUCAAAGUACACGUGGUGAAUAGGACAUCUGCCCAACCUUCAACCUUAAGUCAAGUAAAUACAAUUUCUCUCAUACAAAUUUUAUCUAAUCACAGAUUGUGAUUUGGACAGAGGGCAGAAGAUUUAGAACUAAUGAUCAGAUCUGUAAUGGCUACAAUUGUAAAAGAAAUUGUAAAUACACCUUUAGCUCCUAAACCCAUUGGACCAUAUAGCCAAGCAGUAAUCGCUGAUCGUACAAUGUAUAUAUCUGGUCAAAUUGGAUUAGAUCCAUGUACUGGAAAACUUGUUAAUGGAGGAGUAACUUCAGAAACUAAACAAGCUCUUCAAAAUUUAAGCAAAAUACUUGAAGCUGCAGGUCUUUCAUAUAAGAAUGUGGUAAAAUGCACUGUCUUAUUGAAGAAUAUGGAUGAUUUUUCAAGAGUGAAUGAUAUUUAUAAGGAUUGUAAGUGCAAUGCAGCUUAUUGUUUUUUAUUUUGCUAUUUCAUUUUUAAUCUCAAUAAUCUCAAUAAAAUGUAGCAGUAAGUAGAAAUUUCUUUUUAUUGAUAAUUAUCUGGCUUAAGUUGUUACAGACUAAACAGCAAAAUAUACAGUACAAUUUCUUUUUUUCCCUCUAAACAUAACUUCA